AUGGACGAGCUGCGCUUUCGCUCGCAGCAGUCCCCGCGGGCUACUGAGCAUCAGCACACGAUGAACUCCCUUGUCUCACCCCCGCGAAACACAAACCGCAACUCCCAGUCCUUUAUCAACACCCACGAUCUCCGUUCGAACCUUCCUCGACGAUUUACUACCGACUCUGGACGCGUACCGACGCUGUCGUCUCUGACCUCCCUGCCCAGCCCGCGCGGUCCUCCGGAGCCGCAGGAAUUCGUAAACAAUGCUGCGAUUCACAAGGCUCAGUUGAUCGAGAAAAAGCGCAUGGAGUAUGAGAAAAUCCGGGAGCAGAGGCGUCGCUUCGAGGCCGAGAUGCAAAAGCUGGACCUUCAGCAGAGGCGUGAGGAGCAGGAGCUCGCAGCCAUGCAGGAGGACCUUGGCCGCAUUGCAGGUCACCAGUCGGAGCCCACGACACCCCCCGAAUACCGCGACGCAGCUGGAUUCCCCAGUGUCUUUUCACGGCCCAACAGAUAUUCGACAUCUAGCCUGAUCUCACCCCCUGGGUUGCUGUACAACCGCCCAGCCAGGUCUGGGUCACAGCUUACAUCGCCUCAGCCCGGCGGCAUCAUGCAGUCGGUGCGCGGCUUUGCCUAUGACGACGGUCUUCCAGCGAGAUCGAUGCCCGGAACGCGAAGGAAUAGUGACGAAGAUGAGAAGGAAGAGGCCGUUCGGCAGGACCCGACUAGCCAUCGGUCGACCAAUGCUCUCAAUCGUUAUUCUAUGCCAGUCACGCGUUCAAGGACGGGAUUCUACGGGCUCGAUCUUGACCAAACCAACACCACGCGAUUCUUGUUUGGAGACGAAGAUAACUCAGCUGCCGAGAUGAGCCAAUACAACCAGGUUCAAGCUUCUGAUGAGAGCUUUCCUACGCUCUCGCGCCAUGAUGACUACUCGACUCUAUCUUCAGCGAUCACGAAUGGCAACGCCUCUGGUGUCUCAACGCAGCAGGGUGGUACUGCUUCAGAGCUUUCUGGCAUCUCCAGUGUGGCUUCCAUCCGUCGCUCGUUCGAUAUGAAAGCUCAUGACAUGGGCAAAUUCUAUGCUGAGGCUGCCGAGGCGAACAACAUGGUUUCUCCAGUCCAGCAUGGUCUUUCGUCUCCGCCCAAGCUUCAAAGCUCCCACUCUGCCAACGAUGUCCCCACCGUCAAGAACGGCAUGGGAGCCUCGGUCAUGGGCGGUACCGCGAACAACCAUGCAAACCAACACUUCCACAACCACAAUGCCAGCAUCGGCCGCAUACCCGCUGGUGCCAUGGUUUCUCGCCACAGCCGUGAGUUGUCCAACGAGAACAACGGCAACAACGGCACUGGUCGUGAGGGCGGCCCUGGUGGCCACUAUGCCUCAAUUGGCUCGGCUCUUCACGCAAGCGCGAUGCCGUAUGGUCAGAUGGGCGUUCUUCCUCAGACGCAAUCUCAACAGCAGCAGGGUGUUGCUGCCCCGUCGAUGCCCACCAACGGCCAGAACCCAGCUCAUCAGCAGUACAACAAUGGCUUUUUCAACGGCGGCGCCCCUGUCUACGCCAACGGUCCUAACGGCGUGACCGCCUACUCGAACGGCGUUCCUCUACUCUCCACCCAGCUCGCCAACAUGAGCAUUGGCGGCCCUUCUUCCAUGUACCCCAACCAGAACUACACAGGGUACGGCAACAUCUACACUCCCGCCACAACCCGCGACAGCCAGGCUCGCGUGAUUCAGAACAGGCGUGCCAUGGAUAACGAGGCCAUGAGUCGCUUCAACAACUUGCCGCUAGAGUCCGUCGGUGGUACUAUCUAUGAGCUCUGCAAAGAUCAACACGGCUGCCGUUAUCUCCAGAAGCAGCUCGAGGGUCGUGUUCCCGACCAGGUCCACAUGAUCUGGCUCGAGACCAACCAGCAUGUCGUUGAGCUGAUGACUGACCCCUUUGGCAACUAUCUUUGCCAGAAACUCUUGGAGUUUUGCAACGAGGAAGAGCGCACUGUUCUGAUUCAGAACGCCUCUCAGGAUAUGGUGCGCAUCGCGCUCAACCAGCACGGUACACGUGCCCUCCAGAAGAUGAUUGAGUUCAUCAACACCGAGGAGCAAGUGCAGAUCAUCAUCGAGUCUCUGCGUGAUCGUGUUGUUGAGCUUAUCCAGGAUUUGAACGGCAACCACGUCAUCCAGAAAUGCCUAAACAAGCUUAGCUGCCUCCACUCGCAGUUCAUCUUUGAUGCUGUCGGUGCUGCCGCUGUCGAGGUCGGUACCCACCGCCAUGGCUGCUGUGUCCUGCAGAGGUGUAUCGACCACGCUUCCGGCGACCAGAAGGUUUGGCUCAUUGCUCGCAUCACGGAGCAUGCCGUGACCCUUGUCCAGGACCCCUUCGGCAACUAUGUGGUUCAAUACAUCAUCGACCUCAAUGAGCCAACCUUUACCGAGCCCCUCGUCGGUAUGUUCCGCGGCCGCAUCAGCUUCUUGUCGCGCCACAAGUUCUCGUCCAACGUCAUCGAAAAGUGCCUGCGCUGCUCGGCAGACGUCUCCAAGGACAUGAUUGCCGAGGAAAUUCUUGCACCCGGCGAGAUAGAACGACUUCUCCGAGAUUCCUUCGCCAAUUAUGUCAUCCAGACUGCCCUGGAGUACUCAACGCCAAUGACCAAACACCGCCUUGUGGAGACCAUCCGUCCCAUCUUGCCCACCGUUCGAUCGACCCCGUACGGCCGUCGCAUACAAGCCAAGAUCCAGGCCUUUGACAACCGCAGCGGCCAGUCUAGCGGUCAGGUCACUCCUGCCGAUGCCACCCAGGGCCAGAUCAGUAUCAACACCGCCAACCACGCUCGCCAACAGCCGAGCAAUGCCUCGAUCCUGUCGUCGGGAUACUCCAGCGGCCUUGGAGGUCUCAAUGGUGCCAAUAAUAACAACCGCGCCCAGCAGUCGAUGUUCCCGGCUUCGAACAUCUUGACCGUUCCCGCUCCCCAAUCGCAACAGCCCCAGCAGUCGCAGCAGACUCCUCCCGUGCGCGCUGCCCCUCAGUUUGCGCCGCCUCACUACGGCCGUAUUCAUCAUAGCAUGAAUGCCAACUCCAACAGCAAUGGUGGUCAGCAGUACCAGAAUGUGUCCCCUACCAACGUCCAGCAGCCAAACAGCCAGGGUGCUGGUGCCGACAACGGCGAGCAGACCUGGGUUUAA